AUGGCGCAAUUCCUCAAUCGUGAGGAUGUCGAGGCUCUUAGGGCAUAUGUGGUCGGGCCUGACUCCGGCUUUGCAAACCGAGCCGAGUCCACCGUCCUCCUUCAUGUCACGCACAACAACCUCAAAGCGAAGUUCAUGGAGAUCCGGCUGGACAUGCACGCCACUAUCGAGUCCGUGAAGGUAAAGCUUUCCUUCCAUUGCGGCACCUCCCCCUCGGCCAUGCUGUUGGCUCUAUUGGAUGAAUCGGGUUCACCCGUGGCAUCACUUUGGGAGGACCACCGCAAGCUGGGCUACUACACCCCCCGCGACGGCUACACGCUGCACAUCACGGACAUGGAUCCCACCUCCGCUUCCGCGGGCGGGUGGCUGGAGGACACCUCGCUGGUGGAGAAGUACCGCAUGAGCGACGAGGACUACAACAAGCGGGAAAAGACGUACCGGAAAUGGAAGGCGGAGCAGCUGGCCAGGGAUCCCUCCUGGACCCUGGAGAAAGAGAUGGCCAAGCGCCGCGGCAUCGAGCACGUCCCCCCGGCGCCCAAGGUCGACGACCCCGACCACAUGAUGGAUCUGGCUGCGGCCAUUAGCGUUGGUCAGCGCUGCUCUGUGGACCCCGGGGACCGCCGUGGGGAGGUCAUGUUUGUGGGACGGGUGGAGGGGCUGCCUCUGGGCUUCUGGGUGGGUGUCAAAUACGACGAGCCGCUGGGAAAGAACGACGGCAGCGUCAAGGGCCGCAAGUACUUUGAGUGCGCACAAGGGUACGGCGGGUUUGUACGGCCGGAUAAGGUACAAGUGGGCGAUUUCCCGCCCAUUGACGAUUUUGCGGAGGAGGAGGGACUUGGGGAUGAUGAGAUAUGA